CUACAACAGAUCCACAUGAUACAGUUUGAAUGCCCCUGUAAUGUCGAUCGAAAGGCAGAGCUGCAACAGAACACCAUAAGGGCAUCCCUCCCUCCAUACCUCCUCCUCUCUGUAUCAUGUGUCCUGUGGCCGCGUUUGCAUGUGUGGAUCUCAGUGCUGAGAAAUAUGGAGCAUUUGGCUGCUGUGUGGAAUCUGGGGAUUCUUCUGUAUCUGAGUUUUAGAGGGGCCUUGUGUCAGACCACCAACAAUACCAGGCCUGUGUUUAACUGUGGCGGUAAUCUGUCUGGAGACUCAGGCUUUGUGGGCAGUGAAGGAUUCCCAUCAUUCUACAAACCCAACAGCAAAUGUACCUGGUACAUCACAGUUCCCGAAGGCAAUGUGGUCAUGCUCUCCUUCAGGAUUUUUGACCUGGAGGCUGACCCUCUCUGCCGCUACGACUAUGUGGAUGUGUAUAACGGACACUCUAACAUGGUGCAGAAGCUCGGGCGUUUCUGUGGAACGUUCCGGCCCGGGGCUCUUAUCUCUACAUCCAACACCAUGAUGGUAGAGAUGGUAUCAGAUGCAGGAACAGGAGGGAGAGGGUUCCUGGGUUACUUCAAUGGAGGAAAGCCCCAUGUGGAUGAGCAUCAGUUUUGUGGCGGGAAGCUCACAAAGUCUCAGGGCACAAUCAAAACUCCCAACUGGCCUGAGAAAAAUUAUCCACCGGGCAUCAGCUGUUCCUGGCUUAUAACAGUGGAGCCGGAAAUGGUGAUUGAGGUGAAGUUCGGUAAGUUUGAUUUGGAAUCUGACACGUACUGCCGCUUCGAUUAUGUGACGUUCUUUAACGGAGGAGAGAAAGACGACUCGAGGCGCAUCGGAAAAUUCUGCGGAGACACUUCACCUGAGAACAUUGUUACCAAUAGCAAUGUGUUAUUGGUGCAGUUCGUAUCUGACCUUAGCGUCACUUCAGAUGGAUUCAUGGCGUCAUACAACAGCAUCCCACGCAGCCUUCGUACUCCGACUGCAGGUGGCGAUGUUGUGACAGGACCUAGAGUGUCCUCCACACCCACAAAACCCCGUCAAACUCCAGUCAAACAGGAGAAACCUGUUGUGUUGACAACAGAAGCAACAACUACAACUACUACCACCACAAAAGCUCCAGAGCAGCUAAAGCCUCGACCUAAACCUGUUAGACCCAAUGAACCUGUGAGACCAGUCCGUAAACCAGAGCCAGAUAGAUCCAGACCAUCCACAAACACAAACCCACUGUGCGCAAAGACAUGUAAAAGAGAUGGAACCAUCAAGACCAGCUUCUGUGCUAGUGAAUUUGUGAUCACCGGUAAGCUGACAACAUUGACUUCUGGACCUAGAGGAAGUAUGCAAGCCACAGUGUCCUUAAUUAAGGCCUAUAAGACUGGUAGUCUUACAAUCACCCAAGCUGGAGAAACUAUGUCUGUCAAACUUGUGAUGCCCUGUAAGAAUUGUCCCUUGCUGCGCAGAGGUCAAAACUACAUCCUGAUGGGUCAGGUGGACGAGGAAGGCCGUGGUGUUCUCAAUCCCGGUAGUUUCACUGCCCUGUACAAAACUCAACACCAAAAGAUGUUGGCCAGCAUCAACAACCAGCCAUGCUGAUCGCUCAGACCCAUGUUAGCACAAGCCUUCGAAGCAAAGACACUAUGUAAUGCAAUGCAUAAGGACAGUGAUUAGACAAUGGCCCAAAAAUAGUCUGGAUAUUAAGAGGGAUUUUUUUGUCAUUGUAACAUAAUGCUCAGGAAGUUACAACGAUUUCUGGACUGUUUUCAUUAAACUAUGGUGCAAUUCAACUUCAGCUUAGAAGUGAAUUUUAAAAAGCAAUGAUAUUUUUCGAUUUCGACAAUUCAAUAUAUACACAGAGAUGUCACAAAUGAUAUUUCUAAUUUAUGAUGUCUUCUAAUACAGGAUUUAUAUAACACAUUAGCGCAUUGAGACUGUGUUGUUUUAUCGGGAUGGGCUUUUUCCUUUCACUGAAAGCUGCUUUUGGUCCUGGCACUGACUUAAACUAUGAGCACAUACUAAUCUGAUGAUGUGGUAAAAAUAACACUUAUCUCUUUCUAUUCAUCCCCCUUCUCUGUUUCUAUGUUAAGAAUAGCUUACUACCAUACAUUAUCAUAGUCAUUUUGCUCAUUUAUUUUGUGCAUAGAACACACAAUUACCUACUACAUUAGCCAAAUGUGCUUCAGUGUUGGUACUGUGACUUAAGACGAUCAACAUAGGCUUUGCUUUUUUGGAGAUGACGAGAACUCUCGGAUUUGUAAGCGAUGUUUGAUGCUGUUAUUAUUACUCAGCAGGAGAGUAUAGGCUAUUUUAUAACAGAUUAUUUGUCAUUAGUAUAGCUCUCCAACGAGUUCAUUAAAGGUCAUAUUCAUCCCCACAGUCAGUCAUGCAGAGCCGAAGCAGAACCAAAACAAAAUGCAUGCAGGCUUUGUGGGCAGUGAAGGAUUCCCAUCAUUCUACAAACCCAACAGCAAAUCUAUCUGGUUAAAUAAUGUAGCCUAAAGUGCAAAAAGCAGUGCCCCGGUAUUAAAUAGGUUUUCUCUCUCAAACAAAAAUCAUGAGUUUA